CGCAGUACGCUGGUGGGCACCUACAGCUACCGACCCUUCUGCUAAAUGCCUUAUGAAACAUUUUCGUCGCCUUUUGUUUGAAUAAUACGAAUGUUGUCCAUUUUGGGUUCGGAGGAGGCUCGUCUUUAGAUACAACAGAAUAUUCACUGAUGUGCAAGCAGCUACAUUUUCCGUUUUUGACGAGGCUAGCUAACAGCUAAUAUAGCCAUAGCUAGCUAACGUAAGUUUGCCCAGUAGCUGCGCCUAGCAUGCAACAUGUGAAGAAAGAGACGUGGAAGGAAGCUUAGACUCUAGAUGGCCAUUGUGUGGCAGUAGAGGGACUUAGCAUUCCCCAGCCAAAAAGCAGUGGGCUUAGCAGCAUGGCGUCCCGCCAGAGGAACUCAGUACGAAUCCUGUCCAGCCGAGAGAGAGGCUGUCAGACUUGCAGCUCCCAGCGGCUACUGCAGCAGUUGGUGGAGGAGAAAGUCCGCUGGAUGAAAUGGCAGAGUCAGAAAGUGGAGUUACCAGACAGCCCUCGAUCAACAUUCCUGCUGGCUUUCAGCCCUGAUAGGACUCUGAUGGCUUCCACGCAUGUCAAUCAUAAUAUUUAUAUAACUGAGGUGAAGACUGGAAAGUGCCUGCAUUCCCUAGUGGGUCACCGUAGAACUCCCUGGUGUGUCACUUUUCACCCCACCAUUCCAGGCCUGGUGGCCUCUGGGUGCCUUGAUGGAGAAGUCCGCAUCUGGGACCUGCAUGGUGGGAGUGAAAGUUGGUUUACAGAAAGUAAUGUAGCCAUUGCCUCCCUGGCCUUCCACCCAACUGCCCAGCUCUUGCUUAUCGCCACCAACAAUGAGCUACACUUCUGGGACUGGAGCCGGCCAGAGCCCUUUGCUGUUGUCAAGACAGCCAGCGACACAGAAAGAGUUAGGUUAGUGAGGUUUGAUCCCCUGGGUCACAACCUGCUGACGGCAAUAGUGAAUCCAUCCAACCAGCAGAACGAGGAGGACUCUGAGGUUCCCAUGGACAGUGUUGAGAUGCCUCAUUUUCGCCAGCGCACGUUCCUGCCCUCCCAGCCUGUGCGGCGCACGCCCAUCCUUCACAACUUCCUCCACAUCCUGUCAUCCCGCUCCUCAGGGGCACAGGCUAGCAAUGAGCCAUCACGCCCUAUCAGUGAUGGUGGUAAUGCUGCCAACGAUUCUCCCGGCAUUCCUUUGGUCCAGUACCCCAACUCUGAGCACGGACAGCCUUUCCCUGGCUGUAGCCAGCACUUGGGUGUGGCCUGCUUGUGUAGUCGCUGCUCAACCAGUCGUCCUUCACUAGGUGCUGAGGGGACCUCUGUGACCUCUUCUGAACCCAUGGUGACCUCUGACCAUCCUCAGACUUCCCCCUCUUCCACUUUUUCUUCAGCCCGCACAGAGCCCAGACAGCCCUCAGAGCGUCCCUCUGCAUUCACCUCAGUCUACUAUAGCCCAGGCACUUCUCUUCACCGUACUGUGCCCAGUGGCCAUCUGGCCACGCAAACCGUUGGCCAUGAAUCCCACGCCUCUGUUCGGCUGCCUGGUGCUGACUGGACCCGCAGCCUACUGAACAUGAGGGAAAGUGGGGUUGGCACUAGCGGAGGAUCUAUGGCUGGAGGCAUGCUACCUCCUAGAACCAGCUCAUCUUCCAUUAGUCUGCUGUCAGUGCUUCGUCAGCAAGAUGUGUCCUCUCAUUCCCCAGUUUACACCUCUGCCACUGAGGGCAGGGGCUUCCCCUUGCAGGGAGCAGAGCCUGGAGGUAGCACCUCCCUUCAAAGAGGGGGUGUAGGCAGUGGAGGGCCUGGAACAAGUAGUGGACAUCACCCCUUCUGGGAUGGCACACGAAGCAACCCAGCCACCUUUCGUAACGUACUGCAAUGCAACCUGAGCCGCUACUUCAUGGAGUUUGACCGCAUGCAAGACUUGGAGUCCUCACUUAGUGGUGGGGAUGGUAGUCAGGAGCAGGGCCAAGAGUUGUUGAACAAUAACAUUGACCCAGAGAGACCUGGGCCUUCAUCGUCUUCCUCUUCCUCUCCUACCAUCAUCCAUUACCAACCCUUUCUCCCCCCUCCUCCUUCCCAAAGUAUGGAAAACACCCCAACUCCUCCUACCUCUGGUGGUAUGCUGGCUUCUCGAGGCCAUCUGAACCGCUGCAGGGCCUGCCACAACCUGCUGACCUAUAACCAUGACUCCCAGCGCUGGGAGCGUUCUAGCCAGGCUUCUGCAACUACUGCCUUCUCCGCUUCAUCCACUCCCUGGCAACAUGAAGAAGGCAGGAGGGCUCCAGAACCCCAGGUUCCAGAAAGAAGGUCAUCUCCUGAGCUCAGUGAGCAGCAGCAGCUUCCCACUGGAGGAGCUGGUGGUGGAGCAGGGGCAGUUCCCUUCCCUAUAGCUCCCUCCUCUAACCAGCCUGGGGAGCAGACAGUGGGCCUGGUAUACAACCAGGAGACAGCCCAGUGGGAGAGGGUAUACCGACAGACUUCUACUGGCCGCUCAGCAGAGCCUCCAGAGACCUUAAACCAAGAAAUGCCUGUGGAAGCCCCAGAUGAGGACUCACUGAGGAGGAGACUGUUGGAGUCAUCCCUGUUGUCUCUGUCUCGCUAUGACAUGGCAGGAUCCAGAGACCACCCCAUUUACCCUGAUCCAGCCAGGCUUUCCCCAGCAGCUUACUAUGCCCAGAGAAUGAUCCAGUACCUGUCCAGACGGGACAGUAUUCGCCAGCGCUCGUUGCGGUACCAACAGAACCGCCUGCGGACCCUGUCCUCAUCCUCAGAUAGCCAAGCUGGCAACCCGGCUGGCUCCUUGGAUAACAGCGACGUGGACUUUGAAGAGUUGGAUGAUAACGGUGAUAGAGCCAGGCACAGGACGCCACGCAACGCCAGGAUGACUGCUCCUUCAUUAGGCCGCUUUGUCCCACGGCGUUUCCUUCUGCCAGAGUACCUGCCCUACGCUGGACUCUUCCACGAGAGAGGACAACCUGGCCUGGCCACACAUUCUUCUGUAAACAGAGUGUUAGCCGGGGCCUCAAUUGGAGAUGGACAGUCUGCAGUUGCCAGCAACAUUGCCAACACCACCUACCGUUUGCAGUGGUGGGACUUUACCAAAUAUGACCUGCCUGAGAUCAGCAAUGCCUCCAUCAAUGUGCUGGUGCCAAACUGCAAGAUCUACAAUGAUGCCAGCUGUGACAUCUCAGCUGAUGGUCAGCUGUUGGCUGUCUUCAUUCCCAGCAGUCAGCGAGGUUUUCCAGACGAGGGCAUCCUAGCUGUGUACUCUCUGGCCCCUCACAACCUGGGAGAGAUGCUGUACACCAAGAGAUUUGGUCCGAAUGCCAUCUCAGUUAGCCUGUCUCCAAUGGGCUGCUAUGUAAUGGUUGGCCUGGCCUCUCGUAGAAUACUUCUUCAUCCAUCCACUGACCACAUGGUGGCGCAGGUCUUCCGUUUGCAACAGCCUCAUGGUGGAGAGACAUCCGUCAGGAUGGUGUUCAAUGUGGUCUACCCCAUGGCUCCAGACCAGAGGCGCCACGUCAGUAUCAACUCAGCCCGCUGGCUACCGGACCCAGGCAUGGGCCUGGCCUAUGGAACCAACAAAGGAGACCUGGUCAUCUGCCGGCCUGUGUUUUAUCGAAGUGAUGGAGACAGCCCUGGCGAAUCAAGCACUGAGCCCUUAUUCACUCUAAAUAACAGUGGAACCAGUCGCACUCGCAGCUCUGACAGACCAGGUCCAAAUCGUUCUGGCUGGAGGCUGGAUAGAGAUAUGGGUUUGAUGAAUGCCAUUGGUCUUCAGCCGCGACAUCCCACCCCUUCAGUGACAUCACAAGGAACUCAGACGCCAAUCGUCCAGCUGCAGAACGCAGAGACACAAACAGAGAGGGAUUUAUCAGAGCCCAGCAGCUCCCAGACUGCACUGAGCGUUCUUCAUGAGGGCCCGUCCACAAGCCGUGGAACAGGAGGAACCCUGGAGCUUUCUCAGAAUGCUAGAGUUGAUGAUGGACCCCAGGUGGAAACAUCAACACAGGCCAACACAUCCACAGCUUCUAUUGGUGAGACUUCAGAAUUCGGUUCAGGGGAAGACGCUCUAGCACGGAUUCGACGGCUGAUUGCUGAAGGCGGUAUGACUGCUGUGGUCCAGAGGGAGCAGAGCACCACCAUGGCCUCCAUGGGUGGCUUUGGCAACAACAUCAUCGUAAGCCAUCGAAUCCACCGAGGCUCUCAGACAGGGGCAAGCCGGCCUGCUGCUGACUCUUCUUCACCAGUCUCUUCUUCAUCAGGUCCCCAGACCACUGACCCUUUGGAACAGAGACAGGUGUCUGUGUGGGGUCUUCCGGCACAGCCUGAACUCCAGCCUUCAUCAGGGCCUGUUGAUAACGUAUUUGACAGAGCACAUGCAGACAGUGACUCCUUAGCAGGUCCUUCAUCUUCAUCCUCUCGCAGUCCCCUGCCCAACAGCAACAAUAACCACGUUAGCCCUGACAGUUUUUCUGGCAACCCUUACAGUAGGUAGUUACCCUUCUGGCCAAGAGGAGAGCACUGGCCAAUCGGUACUGUCCAGCUAGAUAAGUGGGUUGGCCGCUCCCACUCAAAGCCUUAUCUCACAUAGAAUGGGUGCUGCUUUGGGUCUCCCACCCAGAAAAAAAGGAACACAAGAACCCAAAUCCCAUCCAGACCUCCCCACUUCACUUCCUCUGCACUUUGUCUACCACCAUUGUUCCAUGUCAGAAAGGGCUGCUAAUAGAAUGACGGCCAGCCAACGCUGAGCUUCUCUCUCUUUCUCUGCCUGUUGUCUUUUUGCAUCUGCAUUAUGGAAAAGUUAUCCUCUCGUCAAAGUGCCAUGAAGAGGGGUGGGGGUAUCAUACACAUACACAAUUAACGUGCUGCAUUCGGUGCCAUGUGAUAUUGAACUUGAUGUGAAAUUGUGUGUGAUGGAAGUGUAAAGUAAGUGAAUUGAGCACUGCUUUUUUUUUUGUACCAUGUGUAACUGAUAUGUGAUCAUGUUGAAAAACAGUUGGCGUGUGACCAUGGUGGAUGACUGUACUAACUAAUCUACUGCAUGUUUCAACAACGUUGCAAGAAAACAGCAACGCAAGAGGCUCGACACAAGAACCUUUUCCUGUAAGGGGACCUCUCCAUCCUCACCCAUGCAGUUGCACUAGUAUGUUGGGUGCCAAGAGCUAGGUGUGUGUGUGUGUGUGUGUGUGUUUGUGUGUGUGUGUGUGUGUGUGUGUGUGUGUGUGUGUGUGUGUGUGUGUGUGUGUGUGUGUGUGUGUGUGUGUGUGUGUGUGCUAGUACUGUAUGCGUGUAUGUAGAGGUAAUGUGUAUGCCUUGCAUUUGUGUGGAAGUAUGCAGUACUGUGUGUAGUCGUAGUUCUUGUGUGUUUGUAUGUAACUGAAGUAUGCGUUUGCCAUGGGGGUGUCUAUGAGGCAUAUGUAGCAUCUCAUAAGUCUGAUCUCUUCUGCCUGUGGGCGUGGCCUUUGGUUGUGGGCGUGGCCUUUGGAGUGCUCUGACUGGACCUUAUUGGCUGCUCAAACCCUGACUCCUAUAACAGGAAACUACAAGGAAAACUUGAAUAUUUGAUCAAGCGCUACUUCUCUCCCGGCGUUUUGUGGACUGUCAGGCUCCAUCAUUUCAGUGCUGUUUUUUAUUCGGAACGCGCGCUCGGCCGCUCCCUUGCAGGCUGCCGCGCGGUUCUGUACUGACAAUGUUCAGGGUGUGUAUGGGGUGGGAUUUAGUUUGCCACCUUAAAGGACCUAUGAGAACAGUUAGGAGUGUUUGUGUAAUUCAAGACAAAGCUGUUUACUUUUUCUUUUUUUUUAACUAUUUCUUCAGGUUAGUCACACUGAGCAGCCGCAUGCAAAAAAAACAUUUGCUAGCACUGUUUUAGUGGCAGGAAAGCAAAAAGAAGUUAAAAGAACCAAGUGAUUUAAAUGCUCCUCCUGGCUGUACUUGAUCAACAUUUUAAUGAGCAACUGAUUUGACUGAGCUUCUGUCUGUCUGUCUGUCUGUCUGUCUGUCUGUUGGUGUGUGUAUUUAUGUGUGCACUGGGGGAACAGGGAUCAUUCACAGAUCAUUGGGCCACCAACACAUUUGCAAUAUUGCAAUGGGCAUACAAGGGUAAAAUUGCUUUACCAAAUAUUACUGCUAUAUCAAACCAUCAAGUUUGUACAAUUCAGAUACUAAUCUUUGCUUUGACUUUUAUGUGAUGUAAUUAAAGAACUUUGACAGUUUUUGUGACGAGGUGGCAUCGUUAAAGCAUCCGGUUUGUGCUGGUCCUUCAGAAGCUCCUCAACGUAUUUGACUUUAGCAGGCGAGGCGGGGACCUGUGCAGUACCAGUAAGUCUCACAGAUCAAUAAAAGGAAUUGCG